GAAAAGUGCAAUGUGGUGCUUCUGGAGUCAUGAUCGGGCGUAUGGCGCGCUGCCGGCCAAAUCGCCCUUCGUCUCAACAUCCUCAAGGGACGAGGAGUAUGACGCAGGCAUUGCCGACCCCGGCGACGCGACGAUGGUGCGGCUACUUAACGACGGCAACGAACCGCUCGUGCUCCAUCGGCUGCAAACCCAAACGUAUACACUCGAGGACCUCUGUGCGACCGACGACGGCGACUCGGUUCUCUCGCGUGCCUGCGAACGCGGGCUGCUGGACAUUGUAACCCUUCUUUUGGACUCGACGCCCUAUACUUCGAUUCCCGCGUACGCGACGCGUCCGCUGUACCAAGCUGUGCGCCACGACCACGUCGCAGUACUACAGCUCCUGCUCGCGAAGAUCCUCGCGAUCGACGUCACGGCCACGCAAGACGACGGAAGCACGGCGCUGCAUUAUGCGGCCCGCUACAGCGAGAACGAUGUGCUCACGCUGCUCUUAUCGCUCGUCACGAACGUUGACAUGACGUCUGCCGACGGGAUGACGCCGCUGCACGUUGCGGCCAAGUACGGCUACACGCGCCAACCCCAAGGCAUGGUGAUCAAGAAGCACGACAACGCGCAAGAGAUGCAGUCGUUGCUGGUUGCAGGCGCCGACAUCGACGCUCGCACGCAGACACGGGAUACCGCGCUCCAUUUCGUUGUCGCGAGGAGUGAUCACGCAGGCGUGAAGCUCCUCUUGCAUGCAUCCGCCACCAUUGACGUGACAAACGAGGCCGGGCAAACACCCUUGGACCUGGCCGUCCGCGACGAUAAAAUAAGCGCCAUGCUACGCGCUGAAGACGACCUCCGAAAGAACUACCCGGGCCACCGCCUCGCACGCGCAGGCAACGUCGCGCGCAUGGAGCUUUGGCUGCGAGCGAUCUUUGCGAGAGAUGCGUUUGAGAGCGUGACGUGGCGCAACGAGAGAGCCAUCCUGAUGUCCGUGACGGUCAUACCGACGCCUACCCUCGAUGCGUACCAACUGCUAGCGAACGAUGCCGCGGUUCUUGGCGCCUGGACGCGCGACAACGUUUUGACGCUUACGUUCGUCGACAAGACGCGCCCCAAGACGUACAAAGGACCCGUCGAUGUGGCUGCUGGCACGUGGACGGGCAUCUGUGACGACGCACCGUCACUGCACUACAUUAUAUCGCUCUACCUUUGCGUCGCAUGCACCGUCGCCGCGGUGCCAACGCCAGGCACGCCGUGUCUGCAGUGUCUUGCGCUCAACAGAAGCGACUUCGUGCUCUCCUAUCGUACACGCGCGCAAGAAGCAACAUUGGCCGUCACGGCGGCCCUCGAAGUCCGCGCCAGCGACGGAAAGACCGUGCUUAUGUAUGCAGCCAAGGGUCGACACUUGGCGAUCUUGCAUCUGUUGCUGCCGUACUGCACCGAGGCGCUUCUUCAACUGACGCUCAAGAACGGAGACACGGCGCUGGACUUGCUCACGGACUGUGUUUUGCACUGCGUCACCAUCGCCAAUGGCCAAAGUAGCACCGAGCUCAUUCAAAUGGUCAGUGAGUUGCGUCGUCGAGGCAAUCUCACACGGUUCCUCAACCACUUGCCCCAUACGCAAUGCUGCCAGAUGGGCGAUGACUCGGCCGAGCUCGCUGCGCUGGCCGAAGCAAAACAGUGGGACAAACUCAAGGCGCAGCUCUUGCGCAAGCCUGUGGACGAGCCUCUGGUCGAUAAUGAAACAACUGACGGAUGCACCGUGUGGCAGUACGUGUGCCAACAUGGCCGCCUCGAUAUACUCAACCUCCUCCUCUCGCCACCGACAGUUCGCACGCCGAGCCGCCUUCGACUCACUGGGGAGACAGCACUGUACUUUGCGGCCAAAUACGGCCACGCCAGCUGCGUGGAACGCCUCUUGCUCGCUGGCGCCGACCCGAAUCAUCUACAACGGUCGCGCCCGAUAGACGAGCUUGUGUGGCCUUAUCCCGCGUGCAAGCGCCUCAUCACCGCCAAGCAAGAGGUCCAAGAACAUCAUACCGACUACUUUAUGGCCAACGUGCCCGACCUGUCGGCGGUCGACCAGUUCAAAGCGGUACGCCGGUCGAUCGGCCUUGCACGCGUCGGUCCUCCUCAACCAACGACCUAA